AGCUCCCACAACUUUUUCCAGAUCUCUGGGAUGGACCAGCUGCGACGUUUCUGCCCAGUGACGCACAGACGUCACUGCUCGAUAGGCGGAAAAGCGGUACUGUGUGUUUCUAUACCUGGAGAGCAAGCAAAACCGGGCCGUUUAUUAAGGAAAAUCGUAUAAAGGUUUAGGUUUUUCCCUGCUGAGAUGGCGGUUCCCGGGGGACAGGCGGAUUUACAGGUGGACAGAGGCGCUUUGAGCGGCCAGACAGUUUCCUCUGAGAACAACAUUGACAUCGACGAGAAAGAGUUGGAAAACAUCACAAAGAAACACCGAGAAGACGAUACGACAGCGCUGCCUUUGCACUCACCUUGGACGUUUUGGUUGGACAGGUCAUUGCCAGGCACAACAGCAGCAGAAUGUGAAUCCAAUUUGAAGAAGAUCUACACAGUGCAGACCGUUCAGAUGUUCUGGAGUGUAUACAACAACAUCCCCCCCGUCGCAGCGCUGCCACUGAGAUGUAGCUAUCACCUAAUGCGCGGAGAACGGAGGCCACUGUGGGAAGAAGAAAGCAAUGCAAAAGGAGGAGUAUGGAAGAUGAAGAUACCAAAAGAAAGCACUUCUGCAGUUUGGAAAGAAUUCUUACUUGCUACUAUUGGGGAGCAGUUUGCAGAUUACUGUGCCUCAGAUGAUGAGGUUGUUGGUGUCAGUGUUAGCGUUCGAGAUCGGGAAGAUGUUGUUCAAGUCUGGAAUAGAGAUGCAUCUCUUGCUAACGAAGCAAAUAUCUUGGGAAAAGUCUACGAACUCCUUCCAUACAUACCUUUUAAAGCUGUUUUUUAUAAGUGUAAGUAUGCCCAUUUUCUCCACUUCAAUACGUUGUACUUUUUGGAUUUUGGAUUUAGAAUGAGUUUAAGCCUUGCAGAUUCUCUGUCUUAAUCACGGUAAAAGUGAGACUGUUGGGAAAGACUGAGCUACUGUAUUAGAUUUGAAGGACAUAGACCCAUGACACACCAAGCCGAAGGCUGGCCGUCGAUGAGCGUCUGUCAGCUUAGCGAAUCAGUGCACGAGAAGUUCUGGAAAACCCUUUCAGCCUGUCACUGUAGUAUCCAUGAUUUCAUGCAUUUAGUGCGGUUUUUCAGCUCUGUGACCUCCUUUCUUCUUCUACAACCAAAAGAUUGAGGGCAGAGAAUGGCGGCGCUAUUUCUAACUUCUUAUCAGACAUAUCCUCGAUUAGAAGCAGCUAUAAACAGCAGCUGUUUUGAACAACAGCUGCUUUGUUUACAGCCUGUAUUUCCACUGUCUAGCUGCUCUUCUUUUCCUUUGUGAAUGACAAAUGCAGAUACUGCCACCUACUGGGAGGGAGAGGUAUUUCUCUCAUGCAGGUGCAGAACAUGUGUGCUAGUUGGCCGUUGGCUGUAGUCUGUGCGAUGCGUGCAACUUUUUCAACCCAAGUGGUCCAGACAAAGGCGAUGUGAGGUGACGCAACAUUCAGCCUAUGUUGCUGCUGGUUCUCUCACAUCGGCUUGGUGUGUCUCUGCCCAUAAUUCCAGCUGAAGGAUGACGUAAGUAUUGUGCAUGAGUGUAGGCUAAACAAGGUUUUACCACUGUUGCAGAGAAGGCAGCUAUCCCCAUAACAUUUCAUACUUGCUCCCCACAGCACAUUAAUAUGGGGUGGUCUUGUGAUUAUUUAAUAAACACUUUUUACCAUAAUACUAAUAUACUACAAUAUUUUAUGUUGUGUUUGGUGUAAGCAGGUAGACUUAACUUGUAUUUUGUAUUCAAAUCAAAUCAAAUUUUA